AUGAGAAAUUCAUACGAAAGGACAGUAUGGUCAUUUUCAAGGAUACAGGGAAUUGUAGAGAAUGAAUACAGGCAUUUUAACGACAGAAAGUGGCUUGAAAGUUAUAGAGUUCCCAAGACAAUCUUCUCUCAACUUUGUACCUUUUUCAACAGUUUAUGUGGUAAAACCACGCAAAUGCGAAAACCGGUACCUGUACAAGUCAUCACUGCAAUGGUUUUGAAAAGACUAGGUAAAGGUUUAGACUAUCGAGAGAUUGGCGAUAAGUUCGGAGUUGGUGCAUCAACUGCCAAUGAAAAAGUAAACGAUGCUAUGCUAUUUCUUAUAAAAAAUAAACUACACACAAUCAGUCGACUUCAAGAGCGUAGGAAUUUGGCUGCAAUUAUUGGUGGCUUUUUAGAGAAAUGGAAUUUACCACAAUGUUUGGGUGCUAUUGAUGGCACACACAUUCCAAUUAAAGCACCAGAACAUUGUCAUACUGAUUAUUUUAAUAGAAAGUGCUUUCACUCAAUAAUAGUGCAAGCUGUGUGUGAUAGUGAGUGUCGUUUCACUGAUGUUUUUGCUGGAUGGCCAGGGAGGGCACAUGAUGCAAGAAUAUUCAAUGUAUCAAAAAUUGGUGGAAUGGUAACAAACGGAACGUUGGUACCGGAAGAACAAGAAUUGUCAAAAAUCAUUAAUGGGAAAGUAAUAGAACCAUUUCUUAUUGGUGACCCAGCCUAUCCCCUCUCUAAACACCUUAUGAAGGACUAUCCAGGUUCUAAUCUAUCGCCUGAAAAAGAGUAUUUUAACUACAGAUUAAACAGGGCACGUAUCCAAAUUGAAAGAGCUUUCGGAAAACUAAAAGGCAGAUGGAGAUGCCUUUUUAAACAAUUAGAGUGCACUCUAGAAAAUGCUGCCCACCAUGUAAUUGCUUCAUGCAUAUUACACAAUAUAUGUGAGGAGGGAGAUGCUGAAUAUUUGGAAGAAUGGAACAUUGUCACUGGUAAUGAGUUAGAGGGAAAUUUCCCAUUCCUGAAUCAAGACGAACAGACAAUAGCAGGACAAGAAGCAGAGGAAACACGGCGAUUACUCACUGAAUAUGUUUCACACAAUUAG